CGGAAAAAAUAAAACAUUGCUAUAAAUCGUUUUUGUAGUGGUGAACUUUUCUUACGGUAAUUGUACGUCAUUCAGCGAUCUCACGGUAGUGCGCAUGCUUAGAGAGUUAGAGGAGUCGUUUGCAUGUCCACCUGAUCGGCUCACAUGGGUUGCGGCGCCGCCGCCUCCGGCCGCAAUCUGCAAGCACUCCAUGUGCCACCGCCGAGCUAGUCUGCCAUUGCUGCAAGCAAGCUGCCUGCCGAUCCGGCGCGGUGUGGACGCGAGCUCACAUGCGCUGCGUGAAUUCCACAGCCCGUAACUGCCUGCGGGCCACACGCACGCUAUAUCCAUCGAUCCACGGCCGUUGUCGUGCUCGUGUCGCCACCGGACGACCCGCCCCCCGGGACCAUGGGCGCACGGGCACGAGCGCCCCCCUCGCUCUCUCUCACGCCCAUGCCCAUGCCGCCCGCCGAUCGAGCACCUGCGUUGUCCCGUCGCGAGCGACUCACCACGUUCACACAGGCACACUUUUCUCCGCUCUUCAGUGUGGAUAAAUAGCCGCAGCGCCUCCAAUCUUCUUACACUACCUGCGGGCAGAAGCAGUCAGUGAGUGAGUCAGUGCCAUGGCGAGAGCACGAGCAGCGGCAGAGCUCCUCCGAUUCCUCUUCCUCCUCGCCCUCGCCGCCGGCGCCGCGGCCGCCAUAGCAGACGCGCCGGCGCCCGCGGCUGCCGCCGAAGGGUCGGCGGCGACAACGAAGCCGCCGGCGGGGUGCCGGCGCGGCGACCUGGUGGUGCGGCAGCGCGCGACGGGGCGCACGGUGGAGGGGAAGCCCGAGUACGCGGUGGAGGUGCGAAACGCGUGCCGGUGCGCGCAGUCCCGGGUGGUGCUCCGCUGCUACGGGCUGAGCAGCGUGGAGGCCGUGGACCCGCGCGCCAUCCGCGCCGUGGACGGCGAGCGCUGCCUGCUCCGCGGCGGGCGCGCGCUGGCGCCCCGCGGCGGCGCCGUGCGCUUCACCUACGCGUGGAUGACGCCGCAGGACUUCCCGCUCGUCAGCUCCCAGGCGCACUGCUAGCUAGCUAGCUGCAUACCCAUCUCUCCCAUAGUUUCCUACUGAUUCAGCGAGCAAGAUUAGCUGAUGAUCCAUGAUUGAGUUGCAAGUGUAAUUAAACGAGGUUGAUUAGAUUGGAUACAUUUACGUUCAUUUGUGGCGCUCUUUGUUUAGGCUUGGAGAGUGAUUUGGUUUUGUGGCUCCGUUUGUACUGCCUGUUAACCUUUCGUUAUAAGUGUGCUCCUUUUUUUGCUA